UAUCCUGUUCUUUCAGUUCAGGUAUCAGACUUCUUGACCGUUGCUAUCCUGGAACGGACGGCAACACUGCUUCUCUGAGACGAAAGCAUCGAGAGGCCUUUCUCAUAGCUGAACGCUGACCAGCUUCAUACCAUCACUUCUCUUCGACUCUUCUCCGCUAUGCCUUGCUAAGGCCUUUUCUAGUCCUGCCGGACUUGUGCGUCGUUCUGCCCAUCUACCACCAGCUUGCGUCGCUGAAUCGCCGAGCUCAUAUACACUCGAUACACUCCCCCCUCUUCGUCUUCCCCAAGAUUACCAUGAUGGCACAACAAGAAGACGACAAGCACUCACAUCCUAAGUUCCGUAGCGCCGCGCUGGAAUAUCCCUCCGUGGACAACUACUCGGAACAUCGUAGUCCGCAGUACAAGGUCUCAAACGAGCCCUCCUCCUCCAUCGCUGACCGCCGGGUCGCCCCCAAUAUGCCAUACUUCGAGCCAACAUAUACCUCGGACCUUGACGAUGAUGGCGACUUCGACAUGAUCUCUCACGGUGAGGUCGCUGCCUCCAGGACUACCUCGGAGACAGCGGGAUCCGACGACACUGUCAUCAAUUCACUCGCUACUAUAGCCAUGGCUACAGAUCCAGUUGUCACCGGAUCUGCUUUGACCAUGGACAAUAUGAACCUCCUCGAUACACAGUUGCCCCUUGGUACCAUGAGCACCUAUCGGUGGAUUUGGGGCCAGGCUUGCCCUGGUGGCUUCGACAUCAAGGACAACUCGUCCAAGGACAGCAUGAAGGUCCACAUCUCGCACUCGCGUGUUAGCAGAGCUACAGACACCCUUGAGAACGAGUAUGGCAUGGCCAACCAUCCUUCCGAAGCUUUCAUCACUUGCGCCGGUGACUGGGCCGACGUUGCUGCCGGUUCCGCCCCCGCGGCACUCCACUUGGAUAUCUAGUGCGAUGGUCUUGUUAGCUUUUCUUCUUGUCCGUUACGGCUUGCC